GCUAGCUGCAGAUGUCGCAUCCCGUGCGAUCGAUGCUGUGCGUGCCGUGUGUCUGUACGUCCGUCCGUCCGUCCGUCGUGCACUCACUGACUGACACGGAUGUUCGGUCAUGAUAUGCUGCAGGUCAGUCAAGUCGUGGGUAUUGCAAUCAUUGACUGAUCGAGUGGUCAAUGGUAUGGAUGUCUCGCUUCGGAGAAAGUAUGUAGCGCUGCGUCCCCUCUCCCCGGUUCAUAAAAGAGCCUGCCUGUGAUGUGCGUGCGUGUUGUCGUGUCUUUCCUUCCCCCCGGCCAUGCAGCCCAACCCGAAACACAUAUACAUCUUCCCCUUUAUCACUCCUGCCGUCCCUCCCUUCCGGCCCCGCCCCCUCAUUAGUUAAUUAAGGCAUGCCGGUGCCGUGUGUGCCGACACAGAAGCUCAGCGACCGCAGCCACAGACGGCCCUCAGCACCACCGACACCACCCGCACCAUCGCCCCCCGCCGCCCUGCCCAUGUCACGCUCUGUGUGUGGGGCAGCUGGGCGACGGCUGCCGGUGGCCCUGGCGCGUACGGGAGUGGUCGAACGAGACCUGACACAACACCACAAAGACCCGCCGCACAGCACACACACGUGUGGGUGGGUGGCUGAGCGGUUUGCCAUGGCCGUGAGUGGUAACUGACCUUUUCAGCUGUGUGAUGGGGGCUGGGUCUUCCGAGUGCAUCACGGAAGCAGGCGGCUCACUCGGCAGCACCGCAGGCAAUGCUGGAAUAGACGGCAAGGCUGACCAACACACACACACACACACACAUUGUACACUCGCAUGCCAGGAUGCACCUUGGCCACCGCACCGUUCAUCGGCGUCUUAUCGUUCCGUUGGGGGCCCGUCAACUCAGCUAUGGUGGAGAUGGUCUCUGAGAAGAGCGUACACAGGUGACGUAAAGAGCAUGGCUCUCGAUUCAUUGUCCCUGCCACUCCCUACGUGUGUGUUUGUGGCUUCUGUCGGUGAGGGGCCAGGCGGCCAUGUGGGUGGUGCUGGUGCCCCGCAGCUGUGCGUGCAGAGCCUCCUUGAGCAACUGAUUCUCCUGGACGAGGGCAUCGUUCUUGCGCACCUGCACACACAUACGAGCCAUCCAUCCAUCAGGUGUGUGGGUGGGUCCUCUGUGGGAUUGUGUACCAGCUCUUGGUCGGAUUCUCUGCGCUUGUCCUUGCGCAGCAGCAUCUCGUAGAUCUCACACCGCUCGCGCAUCUCAUCCUGACAACACACACACACACACACACAAACACACAAUGCACACACACGCACAGUACCACCACACACAGCAUGGACUGCCGCCCCGUUCCACUCCCUGCCUCACCAUAGCUGCCUGCCAUGCCUCCCAGCCGUCCGUGAGUAUGUCCGCCUGCACACCCACCCCCACACACGCCUUCGCAGCCACACGCACUAUCGACGCACCGCCACCGAGGCGAGCUGCGGUUAGGGGCGGCGUCAGAGGACUCUUGGUCGGUGAGGCGUCCUUCUGGUGCGCUGUGGUCGUGAAGAGUCGGCCGGGGAGAGAGCCGCGAUCGCCCAUAAUGUCAGGGAUGGCGAAGGGCCGGGUGUCUUUGAGAGUCCUGACACACACACACACACACACAGAGAGAGAGAGAGAGGGAUGCAUGGGUGUGGAUGUUGGGUCUGUUGGUUGAUGGUGUUGGUGUGUACUUGAUCUCGUCCUGGAGGCUCUUCUCCUUCUGCAGCCACUUGUCCUGGAGGCGCUUCUCCUUCUGCAGCCACUCCUUCUCUGACCGACAAUUAAUGACACCCAGAAUGCGUCCAUGGGUGGGCGGGUGUUGUGAGUGUGCUGAUACGUGAAUGCCUACCCUCCCUGUCGCGCUCUCGUUUGCUAUCAUUGUCGACCUUCUCGGCACCAUCAGUCCGUCCGCGAUGGUAGAUCAACACACGCUCUGUGUCCGUCAUCUGCUUGGCCUUAUCGAGCUCGUCGUGCAGGGCUUGGUUCUCCUGACGUAGGGUCGAGUGCACACACAGGUCUCAUUCUGCUGUUGAUGCACACUUGCGUACCUUUCUCAGCCUUUGGCCGGUGUCCUCGCUGCGGCGUAUGGCGUCACCCCUCUCCCUCAGGGCGGCCCGCAGCUGCUGCACACGCGACUCCUUGGCAGCCAACUUGGCAGCGCUGCAUGAGUGGAUGGAUACACAGACACAUGGAUGGAUGGAGAAUGAGGAGGGGCGCGGUGCGUACCAUGUGUGUUGCAGCUCCUUGUACCAUCUGUCCUUGGUAUCCAGCUGCCGCUUCAACUCCGCGAUCUGAUGAGUGACGCACACACACACACACACACACGCACACAUCAGCACACACACAGCACAAAGCAUCAACACACGUGGCCACAGUCGUCAUGCCCACCUGUACAUAGGCCUGUUCCCGCGCCUCCUUCUCGGCCGCCUUGCUCAGCUCAUGAUCCCUCGCCAAGUCCGCACACCGCCCCGCCUCCAUCUGCGCCGCCCUCUCACGCUCGGCGCGAUGCAUCUCUGUCAGAUCCUGCGUCGGCGGCAGAUCAUCCCGCCGCACCGACUGCACCCACGGCAUCCUCUUCUCCCCCUCCCUCGCCCUGUCCAUGCUCGGCCCCCCACCGCUGCCGGCCUCAUGACCACGACCAUGCAGCAGCGAGCCCUGCGACGGUGCCUCGGCCAUUUGCCGCUGCUGAUGCUGCUGCUGCUGCUGAUGGUACUGGCCACCGUGGCUCACAACUCCAUGAUGAUAGCGGAUAGGUAAGGGAGAUACGUUAUGGCGCUGGACGGCGUUGCGCAUGGGGGAGGGGUUGACUGGGAUGAACGACGAGUGGGGCGGGGGCGAGGCUACGGCCAUGUUUGAGUAGGGAAUGAAGGCGGGAGGGGUGACGUGGCGACCUGCAAUGGAUAACGACGAAUCCAGUGAGAAACGCAUGUGCAUCCACUGUGCGUCUGGUGGGUGAGGCUGCUUACCAUCCCGAGGCGUGUUUGGCGAAGGCAAGUGACCUGCCACCAUCGUAAAAGGACAACGUCAGUCACGUGCAUUUGAUGGAUGCAUCCGCAGAGGAGCUCCUCAUCUAGUACUUGAUGCGAUGUAUUCCCUCCCGCGCAUGAGCCCGACAAAAAAGGAAAGCGCG